UCCGCUCCUUUCCUGCGGCUUUUUUGUCAUGCAAACUUUAAGUCGGGAAACGACCUCUCCGGCCAGGGGUUUUGCUCUAGGCAGUGGUACCCGGUAACCCCAGCUCUUGGGACCCUCACCCGCCUCAACACAGAGCCCUCAGCCGGGAUGCUCCCCGGCGCGGGCGCCUCCCGCCCCCGGCCCCGCCUGCCGCCCGGCCCUCGGCCCGCGGUCCCUCGGCCACCGGCGGCCGGCGACGCCUGCGCAGUGCGGCGGCGGGGCGGUCGUUGUCCCGGCGCCGUCGUCCCGGCAGCGAGCGCCAUGGCAGAGGAGGUGAGCACCCUGAUGAAGGCCACGGUCCUGAUGCGGCAGCCCGGGCGGGUGCAGGAGAUCGUGGGCGCCCUCCGCAGGGGCGGGGGAGACCGCUUACAGGUUAUUUCUGAUUUUGACAUGACCUUGAGCAGGUUUGCAUAUAACGGAAAGCGAUGCCCUUCUUCUUACAACAUUCUGGAUAACAGCAAGAUCAUCAGUGAGGAGUGCCGGAAUGAGCUCAAAGCGCUCCUUCACCACUAUUACCCAAUUGAGAUUGACCCACACCGGACCGUCAAAGAGAAGUUACCUCAUAUGGUAGAAUGGUGGACCAAAGCUCACGAUCUCCUGUGCCAGCAGAAGAUUCAGAAGUUUCAGAUCGCCCAGGUGGUUAGAGAGUCCAAUGCAAUGCUGAGGGAGGGAUACAAGACGUUCUUCAACACCCUCUAUCAGAACAACAUUCCCCUGUUCAUCUUUUCUGCGGGCAUUGGUGAUAUCCUGGAGGAGAUUAUCCGACAGAUGAAAGUGUUCCACCCCAACAUCCACAUUGUGUCUAACUACAUGGACUUUGAUGAAGACGGUUUCCUACAGGGAUUCAAGGGCCAGCUCAUACACACAUACAACAAGAACAGCUCCGUUUGUGAGAACUCCGGGUACUUCCAGCAGCUUCAGGGCAAAACCAACAUCCUCCUGCUGGGGGACUCCAUGGGGGACCUCACUAUGGCCGAUGGGGUUCCUGGCGUGGAGAACAUUCUCAAGAUUGGCUUCUUAAAUGACAAGGUGGCAGAGCGGCGGGAACGCUACAUGGACUCCUAUGACAUCGUGCUGGAGAAGGACGAGACGCUGGACGUGGUCAACGGGCUCCUGCAGCACAUCCUGCACCGCGGGGACUGGAUAGAGAUGCAGGGCUCCUGAGUGCAGGCCGGGGUCAGGCGCGGGGGGGCUGUGGAGAGGUGGGAGCCUCGCCAAGAGGCUGUCCUGCCGAGGGCGCUGCUUCUCCCAGGGCGGGCAGUGAACAGUCCAGGGUGGUGCGGCUGGGGAGCCCGUGCCCCUCCCUCCCCCUCCCAGCGCCCAGGCUCCAGGCUCCGGGAAGCCCUGCCCGGCGGUGGGAGGGCCCACCAGGUGAACACGGGACCUGCAGGGUGUUACCACUCUAACUAGGGACCAUCUAGCCCAGGGGUUCUUUUUUCCCCAAAUUUUUAAACACGGAAAGCUGUUCUUCAAACAAAUCUAAUGUGUGAAACAGAUCUAAAUAAAAAAAAAAGG